AUGCCCGCACACCUGGGCCACGAGGAGUUCUUCACCUCCCUCACCACCCUCCUAAGCACCACAUCCCAAAAAACCCGCGGAUCCGUGUACCUCACCCAGAAGCCUCUCCUCGACUCUACCAACACCCAGUCCCAACCAUCCAUUCUCAUCCGCGCGACAGACGGCAACACCAACGCCCCGAACCCCAAGACGGCAGAGGCCAAGAAGAAGGUGUCGAAGGCGACAGCAGCAUCGAAAGUGAAGAUCUCGACGGUCGUGAGCCCUGAUGACCUGGAGGCGUUCUAUGCGCGGUAUGCGGAGGUGUGUAAGGCUGGGAUGACGGGGUUGAAGAAGAGGGAUCGGAAGAAGGGCAAGGCGAAGGGGAAGAAGGAGGGUGGGAAGGUUGUUAAGGGGUGA